GUCAAACACAUUGAAAUUGGUCGGUGGUGGACGUGAAACGAGUGAAAAAUAUCUGUGCUAGUGUGUAUGAGUGAAGAAAAUAAAGCGUGGUUCGCUCCCAAUUGUUGUUUCAAACACAAAAAAUGGAGAACGAAACCGAAUAUUAUCAGAGUUACCCCGGUAUAUACUUUUUGUCAAGAAAAGGCAAAGGGAAAAAGAAGAAGAAAGGUAAAUCAGGCAAAAGGUCCAACAAUAAUGGUGAUAAACAAAAUGAAAAAAGUGAAUCAGAGACAUUGGAAUCGGUAGAAGAUCCUUCCAACCUAACGGAUGAAAAUGGCAGCGGGCUGGAUGAAACAGAGGAUGACUCUAAUAAGUCUGUAAUUUACCGUGCAAAUGACGGUGAAUCAGCUGAUCUCAACGAAAACCGAAUAUCAAUUGACGCCAUGAUGUCUGCGCCGCCGGAAUACGAGAAAUCACCAGAAAAAGAAAAAUUCGUUGAUAAUGAAGAUAUAGAAACUCUAGAAAGUAACGUAGACAAAUUACAAAUUGAAGAAGAAUCCGUAUUUGAAAAUGAAGACACGAAAUAUACACUGAUCAACACAAGAGCCUUACCGAAAGAGGCGACGACGUAUGAAUUAGAGAAAUUUACUAAACAUGCAAUGAUUAUAUUUAACCAGAAGGAAAUUGAUGGACAUCUCCCUCGGCUUGGGACUGAAAAAGACGUUGAGGCUUUGACUAGAACCUUUUCUAAUUACGGUUUCGAAGUGACACCGCACAACAAUUUGACGAAAGAUGAGUUAUUUAAGGAAUUGAAAACAUUUAGCGAGAGAGACUUUACCGACUAUGGCUGCGUGGCGGUCGCCAUUUUAACUCAUGGCUCUAACAACGGUCUACUAAGGGCAAAAGACCAACAGUACAGCGAGAUUGAAGUCAUCAACCAUUUCAAAGACUCUUCGAAACCCACCCUUGUGACUAAACCCAAGAUAAUUAUCAUCCAGGCAUGUCGAGGUACGAAGAUCACCCAAGGUCUACCAGUGUUCCACGCUGGAAAGAUCCGUAAGGACGUGGAUGAGGAGGAUCUGGAGCCUUACAUCUUGCCAGUGGAGUCUGAUCUCUUGAUCCUUCACAGCUCAUAUGUUGGCAGGGCUUCACACAGAAACGAGCUCUACGGCUCCUGGUUCAUCCAAACGUUAUGCAAGAAGAUCGACAGCCUAUCUCCGAGUCAAGACCUGGAAUCCAUCCUGACGGAGGUCAAAAGGGAGGUGGCAAUAGACAAACAACACGAGGAGUACAACAAACGGACAUUUGAGAUGAACGUCAACAAGCAAAUGCCUGUGUUAACAUCCACUUUGAUAAGGAAGUUGUUUUUGAAGAAAUAUGGCGAGAAAGGAAGGAAAGAUACGUAUGUGGACCAGUCGAGACGUCCCAGCGAGUCAAGGCACGACGCAUUGGAUGCCAUCAAUCCAGUACCAGCCACACCUUUACUUGUACAGUUUGGACCAUGUUCCUGUUUUUUGGACCACUUCGUCUAUAUGAGGGAUUGUUUGAGGUACUUCGUCGAAGAAAAUCCUUGUGACGAGACAGCUCAAAACUUUUUGGACAUUGCCAACACAUUCGAAGAUGGCGUUGAAUUCAAUACUUCUAAGGACAAAAUGUGUAAAGCUAUCAGCAAGCAUUUGAUGAUCAACGCCCGAUCCAGCCAGUAUUAUAAAUUCUUAUAUUUCUAUCAUUCACAACAAAACUCUCAACAAACUACACCGCCACAGUCGUUUCAAUAUUAGCUCAAAUUGUUUUUUAUAAUCUCUUAUUAAACGUUUAUUUACUUUA